UUUAAAGCUGCAGAAAAUAAACGUUCCUCCAGGACUGAUCUGAAGAAGCCCGAGCGUGGCAUGGAGAUGUCGAGAAGUAUGGGCGAAAACUUCUGUACAGUAUGAACGUACACUUCGGUUUGCAGCUUAUACAGUUUUGUGUGUAAUAAUGAAGGAACGUCUGGGCGAACCUUCACGAGCCUUCUUCGUUCAUCCUCCCAAUAACAUCAUCCCUAAAACUGCAUCAUGUCACAGAAGGAAUAAAGGAGCAGACAGGACGAGAUGAUUCCUCCACUCCAGUUAGGAGAGGCCAACGGACUGACCCGUGAUCCUUCUCUCACCUCACACACACUAAUACUUUGAGGAAUGUUAACAGGUUCCAGAAAAGGUUCCUUUUAGAAAUCAACUAGAAGAGUUUUUCAAAAUCUUAACACCUUCAUAACCUUCCAAAAGAGCAGUGAAGCAUUGUGUCCGUGCACCAGACUUUCACCAGGCUCCAUCUGUAACUAGAACACUGACAAACAAAUAAACAUUUAUCCCCCUGUAGAUCUUAACCAGUUUUAUCAUGUCUCAUUUUCCCUGGUGCACAACUUUUAGGCUGCCUGUAUUGUCUUUUCUCACGUGAACACUUCUGUGUGUUUAAUUACGUGUCUGUUCGUUUUAUAAACGACUUCAUCUUGUUUCUUGAUCUGUUUUUCCUUCCCGCUGCGCAUGUAAAGCAUUCUGGAUGUGCUCGAUAAAUAAAACCGGAGCGCCUUAGGGUGCACAAACUUUUGCGCACGCUAGUGCGGGACAUAUAGGCGUGUGUAACUCUGCGUGUUGUGGACAGUGAGCGGGUCGUACUCGAUGGUGUAAUGGGGGACAUUUUAGACUCUCGGUGCAGUUUAAAAAUAUUCUCGGAGCUUCUGGGGCUAUUAAUAAACCCGCCGGGGGUUUCCCCGCCCACAGAGAUCUGGACAGAAGGAGCUACACGGCGUUUAGAACAGACCCAGGGCUGGUUCUACUUCAGAUCGACAUCUCAGAACCGGGUUAUGGACUACAGGUUCCGAGCGCAAAGGGCGGCGAUGUUGACGUUGUGUUGGUCUCUGGCCUGUAGGGCGGCGAUGUUGACGUUGUGCGUUAUGUUGUUCCUGCUCUUGCCCACACCAUCUUUGGGGAACAACUGCUCCGAACACUGCAAAGCCUGCGGAGGACCUGAAAGAGACCAGUGUCUGCAGUGUCUACCGGGGUUCACGCUGCACGACAAUGUGUGUGUGGACACUGAUGAGUGCGGGACAGAGUUGGCAAAGUGUCCAGCUAACACGUACUGCAUCAACACACAUUCUUCUUAUGAGUGUAGAACUUGUGACCGUGCGUGUGUGGGCUGUAUGGGCAGUGGUCCUGCUCGCUGUAAGAAAUGUGCUCCCGGCUACAGAUCCAAGGACCUGAAGUGUUUAGACAUUGACGAGUGCAGUGAGGAGGCGUUGGCCUGCUCCGACAUCAACGCUCUGUGUGUCAACACCGAAGGAUCAUUUCAGUGCCGCUGUGCACCGGGUUUUACACGCAAAGGCACCGUGUGUGUGAGGAACCAGACACCUGCAGGAGAGGAACGUGGCUUGUUCGAUGAUCUCCAGGACGACGAGGUGGAGGUGCUGAAGCAGAUGUUCUUCGGCGUGAUUCUGUGCGCCCUGGCCACGCUGGCCGCUAAAGGAGACAUGAUGUUCACCUCCGUGUUCAUCGGCGCCGUGGCGGCCAUGGUGGGCUACUGGCUCUCGGACAAGAGCGACCGCCUGUUGGGCAGCUUCCUGAAGGGCAGAUGAAGUGCGCAGGAGGACAAACAGGACCAGGACUGAGAACAGCUUGGUCUAGAAGAACGCUUGCAGAAAGUGACUCGACUAUAUGUUAAUAUUAAUUACACUCGCCUAAUCUUUUAUCAUAAUCAAUGAUUUGAGGGGGAAAAACAGCCAUCUGUCACUACAGACCCUUAUUACAGAUGUGACUGAAUACGCGUGUACAUUGAACAUUAAUCCCAUUGAACGUCGUAUAUCAAAUGAACAAUUCCUGACACAGGCACUGCCUAGCUGAUCUGAUGCUCUGUUAGAGCCAGAUGUUUAAAUACCAGUGCAUGGAGCUUGGGUCAGCUGGAGAUAUUAGCAUUAGCGAUCGCUAGUGGAUUAGGAUUGUGAACCGUAGCAAAUACCUGGACCACACUGCAUUUCAGAAAGAAUGUCACUCUUUAUUGAAUGGAUAUAAAUCAAAUGGCCGACACUUAGAUCACGACACACACGAUAGCAAACAUCUGGGGGAGGGGGAGGGGGGGUGUGUGGAGAGGGACAGCGGAGUCCCCCCACUCUUUAAAAACACCGAACAUGACAUACAGAAUUCAUGCUGAACUCCUCGAACUCUCACCCAGGAUCUAACAGGACGUCCUGUAAUGACACACACUCACACACUCACACACACACACACACACACACUCUCCCCCACAAAAAUACUCAUGCAAGACUCUCUCUCACACACACACACACACACGGUACGACAUUCGUAUUCGUAUCGACAUUCCAAAAAACCCAUGCUAACACACGUUCAGUUACUUGCACAGAACACGGACAUACCGGUCUCGAACAAAACCCGGACACGCUGCGAUGCGGGGACUGAUGCACCAUGGGAAAUAAAAUCCCACGUAUCACGCACGUUUACUCGUUCGGCAUGCGGACACUCACGUGAAGUUUCUCGUCCUGUAUCGUCACUGCACAUCGUACAGACGUUUACAUACAGAAAUCAUACAUGUUCCAAAUCCUUCAACUAUUUUUUUUUUUUAAAGAAACAUAUUUAAAAAAAUUAAGUAACAAAUAAAAGUAAAAACACAGUCAAUUUUAGAGAAAUGAGUUCAUUAAAUAAAUAAAUAAAUAAAUACACAUACAUAAAUAAAUAAACAUUUUUCCUUAUUAUUAUUAUUUUUUUUCUUCUAGCGUUGGUCACAGUGAUUUGUUUUUCUUUUUUGUCCAUCCAGUGGUUUUGCAUUUUUGACAUCAAGAACUGAAACUAUACAACAGGCGCUCACACACACACACACACACACACACACACACACACACAGUCUUUUCAUGUAAGGAGUGUGAAGUGUGUGUACGACAUGUAUCUCAACACGCCGUCAUAUCGUCGGCUCUGUGUGCGCGUGUGUGUGUGUGUGUGUGUGUGUGCGUUUGAUAUUUUUUUCGAUUUUAUAUAUUUAUAUUUUCUACAUUACAUUUCCCACAUACAACACGUUCGUUUUCAUGGUAGGAGAUUUCACUCCUGCUUCAAGUAUCCAGUUGUUUUAAAGGACCUGAAAACGGAGGAUCAGGAAAAUAAAAUAAAUAAAAAACCCU